AUGACAACAGCUGCCCCAACCAAUACAACUGAGGCCCCAACAACGACAACAGGGGUCCCAACCACGUCCACAGAAGCCUCAACUAAAGCAAGUGAUGCUCCAAUCACGACAACAGAGGUGCCAACAACAACAACAGAGGUGCCAACCACAACGACAGAGGUCCCAACCACGACAACAGAGGCCCCAACCACAACAACAGAGGCGUCAACCACAACAACAGAGGCUUCAAGUACUACAACAGCUGCCCCAACCACAACAACUGAGGCUCCAACAGCAACCACAGAGUCUGCAACCACUACGACUGAGGCCCCAACCACGACAACAGAAGUCCCAACCACAACAGAGGUCCCAACCACGACAACAGAGGCCCCAACCACAACAACAGAGGCCUCAACCACAACAACAGAGGCUUCAAGUGCUACAACAGCUGCCCCAACCACAACAACUGAGGCUCCAACAGCAACCACAGAGUCUGUAAUGACAACGACUGAGGCCCCAACAACGACAACAGAAGUCCCAACCACAACAGAGGUCCCAACCACGACAACAGAGGUCCCAACCACGACAACAGAGGCCCCAACCACAACAACAGAGGCCCCAACCACAACAACAGAGGCUUCAAGUGCUACAACAGCUGCCCGAACCACAACAACAGAAGCCCCAACCACAACAACUGAGGCUCCAACAGCAACCACAGAGUCUGUAACGACAACGACUGAGGCCCCAACCACGACAACAGAGGUCCCAACCACAACAACAGAGGUCCCAAGAACUACACACAACAACAGUGGUUCCACCCACAACAACAGAGGUGCCAACCACAACUACAGAGGUCACAACCAUGACAACAGAGGCACCAACCACAACAACAGAGGCCUCAACCAGAACAACAGAGGCUUCAAGUACUACAACAGCUGCUCAAUCCACAACAACAGAGGCCCCAACAACGACAACAGCGGUCCCAACCACGUCCACAGAAGCCUCAACUAA